GCAUUAAGACGGCAAGGUUGUCCGACCAUAGUGUAGACCUAUAUCAGUAAAGAGGUCGUAGUUGGAGGCCUGAAGAUGCUUCUGUCUCCCAUCCGUUGUAUCAUCCUUCUUCUCCUUGUGAACUUCGUCUAUUCUGGACGAGUUCUGAGGAAGAUCAAGGAGCACGUGCGUAAAAUCCAGUAUGAGAAAGCAAAGAAGAAUGUGCUGAUGAGCGCAGUCAACGGGCAUAAGCCCAUGAGCGAAGUGAGAGACGGGAAAAUUCACCAACCCCUGGACCACUUCGACAGUCAAAACGAUGAAACAUUUCCUCAGAGGUUUUUCGUGAAUGAAGCCUAUUGGGAGCGUCCUCAUGGCCCAGUGUUCCUGUUCAUCGGAGGGGAGGGCCCCAUCUCUGAGUUCAAUGUGCUGGCAGGCCACCAUGUGGACAUGGCUGAGGAGCAUGGGGCUCUGCUUGUGGCCCUGGAGCAUCGUUUCUAUGGCGAGAGCAUCAACAAAGAUGGCCUGGAGACUGAGAACCUGGGAGACCUGUCCAGCCAGCAGGCUCUUGCCGACGUCGCAGAAUUCCAUCAAUACAUCAGCGAUCGCUUUGACCUCUCUGACAAGAAUACCUGGAUCAGCUUCGGAGGUUCCUAUGCUGGGGCCUUGUCUGCCUGGCUCAGGGGAAAGUUCCCUCACCUGGUCUACGGUGCUGUGGCUUCCUCUGCUCCUGUCAAAGCCAAACUGGACUUCUCCACCUUCAACAAAGUGGUGGGUCUGAGCCUUGCGGACGAGGACGUUGGAGGUUCAGAUAAGUGUGUGGGGGACAUAUGGGAGGCCUUUGCUGCCGUGGAGGCCGCCCUGUUUGCAGGAAAUGCCACUGAGGUGGGGAAGGACUUUGGGUGCUGUGAGAUCCCUGAGAAUCUGGAGGACCAGAUCGAGGUAAUGCAGAGCCUGGCCGACAUCGUCAUGGGAACCGUGGAGUACAACGAGGAGGGGGGAAUCCUGACUAUUGAGGAGAUCUGUAAAAUAAUGACCAAUGAGACAGAGACCUACGAUUCGGAGACUGAGGCAUACGACCGGCUGAUCAAGCUGGUGCAGAUCUACCGGGCCACAGGCGAGGAGCCCUGUCUGGAUGCGUCCCACAAGCAGACCAUCCAGGACCUGAGUGACACAAAUCUGGACUCUGCCUACAAUGGAGAGAGACAGUGGUACUACCAGACCUGCACUGAGUUCGGCUUCUUCCAGACGUGUGAGGAUGCCAGCUGUCCCUUCUCCCGCAUGCUGACCCUGCAGGCUCAGACCGACCUGUGUGCUGAGGUGUUCAACAUCCCCCAGCACAGUCUGCCCGGACACAUCGCCUUCACCAACAAGUACUAUGGAGGAGACCACCCCGACACCGACAGGGUGCUCUAUGUCAACGGUGAAAUUGACCCCUGGCGUGAGCUCAGCGUUCUGGAAGAGGACCUGGACAAGGAGGACAAAGAUAUGGCCAUCCUCAUCAAGGGCACCUCCCACUGUGCCGACAUGAAUCCCGGCGGCGCUGCAGACCGCCCCGCCCUGAAGCAGGCCCGCAAAGCUAUUGAGAGGAAAGUUGCCAAGUGGCUGAAGGAAGCUGCCUGGAAGUUUGUCGGCUGAUGGACCCAACGACAGGUUACCUGAUCAUCUGACCUUCCUGACCAUCACUCAGCCAAUCAAACUUUGGGCAGUGAAUCACAUGGUGCUGUGGACUGAGCCCCUCUUCAUGUUUCUCCCCAUGGGUCAGGUCCUCUAAGGUGGUGUUCUUCUGUUUUUUUUCUAACAUUCUUCUAGUGUUUUCCUAUUGUUUUCCCUAUGGUUUUUCCUGGUGUUUUCCUAAUGUUUUUCUAGUGUUUUCCCUAUGGUUUUUCCUGGUGUUUUCCUAAUGUUUUUCUAGUGUUUUACCUAUGGUUUUUCCUGGUGUUUUCCUAAUGUUUUUCUAGUGUUUUUCCUAUGGUUUUUCCUGGUGUUUUUCCUGGUGUUUUCCUAAUGUUUUUCUAGUGUUUUUCCUAUGGUUUUCCUGGUGUUUUCCUAAUGUUUUUCUAGUGUUUUCCUAUGGUUUUCCUGGUGUUUUCCUAAUGUUUUUCUAGUGUUUCUCCUAUGGUUUUUCCUGGUGUUUUUCCUAAUGUUUUUCUAGUGUUUCUCCUAUGGUUUUUCCUGGUGUUUUUCCUGAGUGUUUUUCUAACGUUCUAGUUUUUACAUUUGUGGUUUUCUAACGUUUCUCUAACGUUUGUGUUUUUCCUAACGUUUUAUAGUGUUUUUCUAACGUUUUCAUAGUGUUUAUUGAACGUUUUUAUAGCGUGCUUGAAUUUACUCCAGUAUAUAAGUUAUAGAUUUAUAUUUUAAUCGACAGUUUUAGUAAUUUAGGGAAACACUUAUAAUGCUGUACACAGUAUUUAAGUUUCCUAACUACGCACUGGUAGCGUAUAGCUAACCAGAGAAUCUCAGUAUAAGACAACUUUAACAUCAUGGAGUGUUCUAAGGUUUACAGACAUUCACACAUUUUCCUUGGUCUGGAUUCAGUGAAGUUAUCUCAGACAAAACAUUAUCUGAAUGUGUGCUGGAUUGCUUUGUAGUUCAUUUGAUUUCAUCCUGCAAGUUGGAAAAGUAUCAUCAAUAAAAGUUUGCUGAUAA